AUGGGUGUGAGACUUGGAAGAUGUUUGAGAAAAAUACUGAAGAUCUACUGGCCGGAGGUUAUUUCAAACAGAGAGCUGUGGAAAGCUACAGAUGAAGAACCUGUAGAGAUACAGAUUAAAAAACGCAAGUGGCGAUGGAUUGGACACACUCUUCGUAAAGAUCCAGAUGCUGUAGAGAGGCAGGCCUUGAGCUGGAAUCCCCAGGGGCAUAGACGAAGAGGAAGGCCUCGAAUGACCUGGAGAAGAACUAUAGAAGAAGAAAUAAGAGAUGCAGGGAAAAACUGGAGGGAAGUAAGAGCCUUGGCUGCCAACCGAGUCCGAUGGCGUUGUUUCGUGAGGCCCUAUGCUCCGUGCAGGAGUGAAAAGAGAUAA